AUGCCCCGCACCGACGAAGCCGACCACUUCAUCAACGCCGUCUACUCCGCCGUGCAAGAGAUCCCUCGCGGAAGAGUAACAACCUACGGCCAUAUCGCGACGUUAUUAGGAUAUCCAAAACGCCCCCGCCAAGUAGGAAUCAGCCUGAAACAUCUCCCCGGCGCAGAAACAGACAACUAUUUCCAUUCGGGGAAUGUGCCCUGGCAGAGGGUUAUUAAUGCAAGGGGGAUGAUUUCGCAUCGGGAACCAGGGAGUGCGGAGAGACAGGCGGAAGCGUUACGGGGGGAAGGGGUGGAAGUGGAGGAGGAUAGUAUGGGGGAGUGGUAUGUGGAUUUUGGACGGUAUGGGUGGUUUCCGGAUGUUUUGCCUAGUGAGGAUAGUGAUGAUGGUGAUCAUCAUGAUGAUGGGGAGGAGGGUAUAGAUCGAUGA